UUCUGCGCACAGAAGAAGAACGACACGUAGUUUUUUCAAACUUAUUUUUGUUUUAUUUAUGUCAAAAUGACAAAACUAAAUAAAAUGUUCCGAUUUAUUAUGUUGUUGCGAAUAGUAUAUUCUGUAGUUGCAGUUGAUUACUGUUCUUUAUGUGACAAUGGAUCACAUACAUUGUGUUUAUAUCCUAAGGAUGGUCCAGGACCUAAUUGUUUAGAAUAUAAAAAAGUAUCCUUAUCAAGCGACGAGAAACAGUACAUUGUAGACCUACAUAAUGAUAUUAGAAAUUUCGUAGCAUCAGGGGAAACAAAGGGAAAACUUGGAGUUCUGCCACCUGCUGCUAAUAUGAUGCCAUUGGAAUGGGAUGAGGAGUUAGCAAUAAUAGCUCAAAGAUGGGUAGAUCAAUGUAUACCACUAAACGCAAGUAGACAACAUGAUCUUUGUAGACAAACGAGUCGAUACAAAUAUGUUGGCCAAAAUGUUGCUAGUUCAUUGGUAAAUAAAGAUGAAGUUACAGAAUUUGAUAUUUUCAUAUUAAAAUGGCAUCAAGCAGCAGAAAAUGUUAUUCCGUCAGAUAUAAAAAGCUUUGAAGGACUUUAUCGAGGAAGAAAAGUAAUAGGACAUUAUUCCCAGAUGAUAUGGGCAAAUAGUAGAGCCAUUGGCUGUGGAAUUGCAAUAUAUAAAGCAAAACUGGGCGAUUUUUAUCAAGAAAAGUUUAUUUGCAACUAUGGACCUGGAGGAAAUGUAGCAGGGCAACCGAUUUACAUAAAAGGGAAACCUUGUUCAAAAUGUCCUAACCAUAAGUGCGAUAGUUCUCUAAACAAUUUAUGUCAAAGUGCGGGAUUAUCAAACGUCAGAAGCGUUGGAAAUCAAACUCAUCCAAAUUUUAACGAAAUUAAGAAUAACUUUGAUGACACUACUUGUAUAAUAUUCCCAGGAGGGAGUAUAUCGCAUGGAUGCAAAGAUAUGUUAGGAAAUCGAUCACUUUCAAAAGAACCAACUAUAUGGAAAAUGAGUUCGGAGGUUACAACAAUAAAACGUACAAACCAGACGAAGAAGCCAGAGAAUAAAUUUAAAAGCAAACAUAAAAGAGCUUUGGGUAAAUGGUACCAAGGAGAAUGUAGAUGUGACUUACUAUAUCGCUCAAAAUCCAUUAGUCUGUCUCCCUUUGUAUACCUAAUACUUUUAUGUCUAAAUAUUGUAUUACGAAGUAAAUAUUGUCCUAUGUAGAUUAUAUUUAAGCAUUGAUUAUAAAUAUUCCUCUUAUAAAUA